CUCUCUCUCUCUCUCUCUCUCUCUCUCUCUCCGCCGCGUACGACGAUAAUAAUGAGCUCACAUACACUGUGUACACAUUUCCACAAACACCUCAUUAUACUCUCCUCAAAUCUCCCUCUCGAUCUCCCAAAACCCUAAUCCCUCCCCGUCUCUCUCCCUCCUCGCGCUCUCGAUCUCUCGGCGUCGACAAUGGCGUACGUGGACCACGCGUUCUCGAUCUCGGACGAGGACAUCAUGAUGGAGGGCCCGUACGUCGUCCACAACCGCGCCCCCGUCAAGGAGAUCGCACUUGCCGUCGCCCUCCUCGUCUUCGGCGCCCUCGGCGUCGUCCUCGGCUCCUUCAUGGCGGCAAACAACGUCGGCGGGGAUCGCGCCCACGGGGCGUUUUUCGCGAUCCUGGGCGUGGUGCUCUUCAUACCGGGGUUCUACUACACGAGGAUCGCGUAUUACGCCUACAAGGGUUACAAAGGCUUCUCCUUUGCCAACAUUCCCCCCGUGUGAAAGGGGGUUUCGGAUCGUCGUGCGGAUCAUGCGUAAAGAUCUCUCUUUGUAAUCUAUUUCAUCUUUUUUCUUCCUUAUUGUCUUUGUUUUUUUUUUUUCUUUUUUUCUUUUUGUCGUAAUUUUUCUUUAAAUAAUAUGCUCUUUUGGUUUAGUCCAAUGUGAGAGCAUUUGGUCCUUAUUGUGCUUUUCUUGUAUAGUGUACUUAACUGUGAUGAGUAGUAAAUUUGCAAAAUUUAGUUCAAAAUGUUA